AUGUUUACCGACUUGGACCUCGUCAACCGGUUUCAUAUUGACUACAUCUCUCUCUGCCGCUGGCUGCUGUCUGUAAAGAAGAACUACCGGGAUGUCAUCUACCACAACUGGCGUCAUGCGUUCAAUGUGGCACAAACCAUGUUUUCAAUGUUCAAGACCGGAGGACUACAGUCACUUUUUGGCGACCUGGAGUGUCUUGCAAUCAUAAUUGCCUGUCUUUCGCAUGAUUUGGAUCAUCGUGGUACAAACAACCAGUUUCAGAUCAAAACAAUGUCACCGCUGGUGAAUCUCUACUCUACCUCCGUCCUCGAGCAUCAUCACUUCGAUCAGUGCAUCAUGCUCCUGAACACAAAAGUGAGCCAGCGAUUAAUUUGUUGGAUCUUUGCUUUUUACUUAACCCACUCUAAACCUCUGAUUGAGCCUCUUCGCCGAUUGUGUCGAAGUUUCCGUAAUUUUAACCGCCAUUCCGACGUCGCAAACGUUUUCGCGCUGCGUUGGAUGAGCUAUCUUUGCCUUGAAUUGUUCAUUUUAGGCUACUAUCCGUAA